UUGUUAUUAUAUUGUAUGAAGUGUCAUAUUUUUAACAGAAUAAAGUAUAUAUAUAUAUAGAUAUAUUAAUUUGAGUUAUACGGAACUGACUGUCAAAUUAGUUUGAAUAAUUAUGGAAGAUCUAAAGAACGUUUACAUUUCGCCGCUUCCAGAUUCCCCAUACGUAAAACCUUUUAGAUUUAAUUACACGCAAAAUGGUAAAGAAAAGACCUGGGAUCUGUUGGAGGUUCACGACAGCGUGGCUAUAGUAGUUUUCAAUGUGUCCAGAAAGGUCAUGAUAUUUGUUAAGCAAUUUCGUCCAGCAAUUUACUAUAACUGCAUUCACCCCGACGACAGAGAAUUAAAUGUUAUCGAUACUAACAAGUAUCCAGCAUCUCUGGGUAUAGCUUUGGAGAUGUGUGCUGGUAUCAUUGAUAAAAACAAGUCUGUUGAACACAUUGCUCAAGAAGAGGUCUUAGAGGAGUGUGGAUAUGAUGUACCUCUUGAAAAGUUGCAGAAAAUAACUUCAUAUAGGUCUGGUGUUGGUGUGCAGGGAUCACUACAGACAUUCUUUUACUGUGAAGUCACUGAUGAUAUGAAGACUCAACAAGGUGGUGGUGUUGAUGACGAAAUUAUAGAUGUUGUUGAAAAAACUAUUCCCGAAAUGGAAGAAAUGGUCAAUUCACCGGGACCCAUUCCGAGUCCACCUAGUUGCCUCUUUGCCUUGAUGUGGUUUUUGCAUUACAAAGCAGAUAAAUACCGAAAGUAGGUAAAAAUAGCUUGUUUAUAAUGAAAUUUAUUGUUAUAAAUUUAUAUUGUUCACUACAAUAGAUUUUAUACUUAGCACAGAAUUGUAGAAAUGUAGUUAAUUAACAAUUGUUCAUAUACAGUAACAGCCUUUUACAUUUUCCAUUACGUAAAUUUAAACAUAAAAUUUUAUUUUUGACAAAUUCAUUAGAAAAAUAAUUGUAACCUAUUUCUAUUACCAUAUAACCUUUACAGUUUGUCAAAACAAUGAGAAUGGAUUUUAUUUCACCAAAGGUUUUUUUUUAAUCUUUGCAUAUUGUAAAAACCUCAAUAUUUAGGAUGUUCU